CGGAAGUGACGGAAGCUUUAUAAACAAAGCCCGAGUCGAUUGAGCGUCUGUUGUGAAUCGGGGUUGAGGAAAUCUCUGGCAGUCCCCAAAAAUUACUUAAUGGGAUCACAUUUUAAUCCUCCUGGCGAUAUUUUUUUGAAAUUACGUUUCUUCUUCGGAGGGUGAGGGUGUCGAGUGUUAGCCUAGCCUGUUAGCUGAUGGAGAUCAGACUGUUUCUGAAGGCAGAGAGAUCAUUCUCUGAAAACCUCAGAAGUUUGGAGAAAGGAUAACUAACAGAGAUGGACAGGUCGACACAAAGUGAUGACAUCCAGCAGCUGCAGGUUUUAAAAAAUGAGGCGCCGCAGGUUAAAGAGGAACAGGAUGAGGCUGAGAUAACCGAGUUUGUAUUUAAUCCUGUGAAAAACGAAGGUGAUGAAGACUUAGCUCAGACUUUGGAGCUUCAACAAUCCUGGUGUGAGGAGAACACGGUAGGAUCUGAGUCAAAUAAUGACCAACUUCCAAAAGCUUCAGAGAUAAAAGUCACUGAUGAAACCUGUGAGAAGAUCAAAGGACCCUUAUUAGGUGAUAUAGAUGCAAAGAAGCUGUACAGCUGCUCUGAAUGUGGGAAAACAUUCAAUAGUAGGCCGUGUCUUGCGAGACACAACAGAAUCCACUCGGAAGAAAAGCCCUUCAGCUGCUCCUUCUGUGAUCAGAAGUUUAGCAGGAGGGAAAGUGUGACUCGACACAUAAGAUGCCACACUGAGGAAAAACCUUUCAGCUGCUCACUUUGUGAGCAAAGGUUCAGCAGGAAGGAAAGCCUGACCUAUCACAUGACCUACCACACCAAAGAAAAACCUCACAGCUGCUCCAUCUGUAACAAAGCCUUCACUUCCAAAAGAAAUCUGAUGGAGCAUGGGCGAAUCCACACGGACGAAAGACCGUUUAGCUGUUCCAUCUGUAAGGCCACUUUCAAGCGGAAAUACACGCUAGUGGAACACACCAGAAGUCACACUGGACAGAAGCCAUACAGCUGCUCAGUCUGCGGUCAAAGCUUCAGUCACGGCAUAAGCCUGACUCGUCACAUGAGAUGUCACACAGGACAAAAACCUUACAGUUGCCUCAUCUGUAAGGCUGCCUUCAAACUGAAAAACGCGCUAAUGGAGCACACAAGAAUUCACACAGGAGAGAAACCUUUCAGCUGCUCAGUUUGUAAGGCAGCGUUCAGGAGGAACCAGGAUGUUGUGAAGCACACCAAGAUCCAUGCAGGUGUCCAGCAGGUGUUGGUGAUCAAGGUGGAGCCUUCUUUAGAGGAGACCUACUGGAUUCCUAGACCAGAACAUGAAGUCUCUGUGAUGAACAAUGAUAAUAAAAAGGAACCUCAGUCUUCAGCACUUCUUCACAAACAAACCUUGGAGAGCAGAGAAUUAUUGACCCUGGAGCCAAAUCGGGAUCUAAAGAACGACCCUGCUAGUGAAACACCAUGUGAGAGAGAUAAAAAGUCACACAGCUGCUCUGAGUGCAAUAAAACGUUUAAACACCGGGCGGAUCUAUUGAGACACAAUCGGGUCCACACAGGAGAGCGACCCUUCAAAUGUUCUGUUUGCAAUGCAGCUUUUAGAAGAAAAUACACAUUGGCCGAACACACAAGGACCCACACUGGAGAGAAGCCAUACAACUGCCCCCUUUGUGAACAAAGCUUUGGUCGCAAGUCAAGUCUGACCUGCCACAUGAGCUAUCACACGGGAGAAAAACCUCUGCUGUUCGGUUUGUAAGGCGGAGUUUAGGGAUCAAUUGGAUUUUGUUGAACAAACUCUAUGUGUUAGUUUGGUUUAGUAUUUCACUUCAUGCAUUCAGUUUCACAAAGGCGAACCAAUUUGAGUUUGUUGUCAAA